AUGAGUAUAAAAGUUUUACACUCUUCUAUGUCUGAUAUUAUGUAUUAUAGUGAAGAGUACAGUAUCCUUGCGAUAGUCCUCGCAGUGAUGACACGCAACAAUGGCACUGGCCUAUACGACACCAUCCGUACGACGAGGUACUCGUCAAAACAGCUGGUCAGCACGUGUGACAGCAGAGAUGCUGAGCUGCUUCUCCAGCCAAUCCUUUACGGUAUGUCUUACCGCCACAAUUGUGGUAUGCAUUGA